AUGGGGGAUCAUCUCGUAUAUGGAAUAUACAAAGAAUUCUUUACGGACUCUACACAGGUGCUCGAGAAGAAGGGGGCUGGGUGGGACAAGUCACAUGACCUAUCUGGCCUAAUGUUUGUUCUCCAGUUUGGGCAGCAGCAUGCAUCGUUUUCGGAGCGAAACCAAGCCAAAAGAGAGAAGAAGGAAAAAAGAACGGCACUGGAACGCACAUGA